AUGGAACGAAAAGCGUUUUCAUCCCUACGCUCCUGUCCUGCUGCCUUACCUAAAGACCCUCUGCUUGUUGGUGACGACCUUUACGCGGGUCCUGAACCCCUUCACCCUCCAACUCGUACGUCUCCUCACGUUUUAAUCAUUGGUGGAGGUGUGACCGGCCUUACGACGGCAUGGCUGUUGUUGGACCGCGGUUUCCGUGUGACAAUUGUUUCAAAGGAAUGGGCAUCAUACGGUUCUGCACAGCGUCUCACGUCCCAGAUCGCAGGAGCUCUUUGGGAGCUGCCUCCUGCAGGUUGCGGCCCGCAAGCCGUGCAGGAAAAGCUCGAAAUCGUCCAGAAAUGGGCGAUGGAGAGCCUAAAGGUUUAUUGCAGAAUGGCAGAAAAUGAAGAGUUGGCAGCCGCAUACGGGGUAAAGGUGACAAUGUGCACGUCAUUCCACACGAACAAAAUCGUUGACGAUGUGGUCAAGUCGAAAAAGAUGGAACUCGUUCUAGACAGCAAGUUGGAAGGAUUCCAUUGGGGCAUGGAAUUAUUAGACAAAUACGGAGCAAAUGUGAAUUCCCAUGGUGGUUUGAAAGACGCAUAUGAACACCUGGCUCCCAUUAUUGAUACCGACGUUGCAAUGUCGUUUUUGAUGAGACUCGUCAAAAGCAAAGGAGCACAGUUACAUACCGAUACCAUUCACGGCGAUCUACUCGACCAGGAGCUGCAUCUCUUGCGAAUGUACCGUGCAGAUGCGAUUGUUAACGCAACCGGAGUCAUGGCCUCAGAAACAGCUUCCGAUCGCACGGUUUAUCACCUCCGAGGUGCAGUGUUGCGGGUCAUUAAUGAUGGAACGGAUUUUCCACGAAUCACCAACGCUAUGCUCGUGUCCACAGAGAGCAGGGCGGACGGAAAUUUCAGAGACAUGGCGUUCAUCGUACCUAGGAACAACGACAUCCUGAUUUUAGGCUCCAUCACGCAGCCCAACCAGUGGCGCUUCGACUUGACUCCUGAAUCCCCUGACAUUAAAGAUAUGCGGAAGCGAUGCGAGGACUUGCUGCCUGUGUUGAAAAAUGCACGCUUGGAUCCGAAAUAUCCUUUGGCCCAGGGAGCUCGGCCGUACCGGAUGAGAAACGUGCGCGUGGAACGUGAAGCGAGAAAAGGAUGUAAUGGGCGGCCCAGCCGCACCAUUCAUGCCUACGGACAUGGUGGAGCGGGAUGGUCUCUUGCAUUUGGCUCCGCAAGGCAAGUUGGACGGUUGGUGGAAGACGUUUUAAGGCAUUCGCGACCGGCUCAAAAUGAGUUUGUAGCCAGAUUGUGA